GCCGUUGUAGCGCGAGGCUUUAUAGGAGCUGGGCCCGCAAGGAAACAUGGGAAGUCCCGUCAAGGGGCGGGACUUCCUGUACGAGGGAAGUGCCCUCAAUCUUUCCCAACAUCAGGGUCUUUUCCAAGGAUUCUUCUCUUCUCAUGAGGUGGCCAAAGUAUUGGAGCCUCUUUAAUUGCUUUAACUACCGUCUGGGCACAAUGAAAGUGAAAAUCAAGAGCUGGCAUGGCGUUGCUUCUUGGCUCUGGGUUGCCAAUGAUGAGAACUGUGGCAUUUGCCGGAUGGCCUUUAAUGGCUGCUGCCCAGACUGUAAAGUGCCUGGAGAUGACUGUCCCCUAGUGUGGGGCCAGUGUUCCCACUGCUUCCACAUGCAUUGCAUUCUCAAAUGGCUUAACUCCCAGCAAGUCCAGCAACACUGUCCAAUGUGUCGACAGGAAUGGAAGUUCAAAGAGUGACACUGGCAAUAUUUCUUCCUCUCCCCAACACCUCUUCAGCUUUUGUGGACUGAUUUCUUCCCCAUUCCCUUCCUGAAGCUUGGCGAGCUUGCUACUUUAUAAUGCCACACUUACCUUCAUCCUUCCCAGAGCUGCUGAAGAGAGAGGUGGAUGUGGGAACACAGCUACUGCAUGUUACAAUAUCCUAUGUUUUUGCCUCUGUUUGUGCUGUGAUCACAAAGUCUCUACAAUGUACGAAGUAUAAGGCUAUGCUGGUUGGAAGGUUAGAAUAUCAGACAGGCAAAUGUCAUGAGGGAUUUGUGCUAUUUUACAACAUCUGUACCCUCUCGUUAAUGUUUAUGUCUGCUUCUUGGUGAAUUGCCUUGGUAAUGCACAUGAGGUGCUUGCAAAUGAGGCCUGAUUUCAAGGAACUGCUUUGUUCAACUGCACAAAAGGUUGAGCUGUUCUAAAUCUUCUUGUUAAACUUAUACCCCAACUAUUGUAGUCUCUUUAAAACCAUUUGUCAUUUAUUUUUAAUGGUUGUUUAACAAUAAGAACAACAAACAUCAACUAUUGCAUUCUGAGGCAUGAAGCAGCUAAACUUCUUUUCUCUUUCUUACGAGUAGCGCUUAUAUAUGAACAAAGGAUUCUUGGUUUCCUGUUGCCAUGUAGCCCCACUGAUAUCAGUAUAAUUUGGUCCAGGAUCUAAGCUUUUGAGUGUAAAUAGUGUUAGAGAUUGGGGGAUGCUCUAGGCUUGUGUCCUUGUCUUACUACACAUUUGGCCUGCAGUACAAUAAUAUGUUUGUUCCCAAAAGGCUGUAAUACCAGAUCUGAUUGCCAAGUGCUUGCCCACAGUGAGUUACCAUUUGUACAUGGGAUGGAUCCAGUAAAUUUUGUGAGUCAUUCCUUUAA